AUGCUCAAGGAAGUGGACGGCCGGCAUAUUAGCCCUCAAGAUUACUUUCCACGAGAGCCACAGUUUUGGUUAUAUUAUGGGACUGGGCCUGGAGCGAUAGUCCAAGGAUGGCCCUCACAAGGCGGAAUCUAUAUGCUUGAGGUAUCUAGCAGAGUGGAGAUAGAUUUCCUAGAAUUAGACCCAUUCAACAACACUCUGCGCCCAACCAAUUCUGAUCCUGAAUGGCGACAGAAAGAGAAUAAGCACUGUGAUCUUAUGCGACGUCUUGGCCCGACAUGGUGGGAAAAUGAAGACCUAUUGGAUCAGAGUCAAAUCUCAGUUACACCUGAUGAAAGGGUCAAUGAUUAUAUUCAGGUUGGCUGGACAUCUGACGGUGGGGUGUGGGUUUGGAAGACAACGAGAAAGGAUACGAGCGAGGGUGGUGGAGCACAGCUGCAAAAUGCUCGUACCAUGCAGGAACGUUGCAUGAUGAUUGAAAAGCUAGGAGGAACAUUUUACGCCGACCCAAAGGAUUGCCCCUUUCUUGAUCUUCAAUGA